GGGUCACCCGGCGGGUGCGCUUCCCCCAGCCUCUGGGUUUGGGGUCUGGGGGCUGCGAAGGUGCCGCCGAGCAUCCCCUGCACCCGCCUGCUCCCGAGCUUUUUGGGAGCUGCGGGACGGGGAGGGCUCCGCUGUGGGAACCGCUCUUGAGCAACGUGGAGGAUUUGGCCAGCACGCAAGAAUGAGGAAGAUUCGGUCGUGCAGGAGCCCAGACCCUCGCCUGGAAGGAGCCGGCAGCGCCAGGGCCGAUGCCAUGGAAGGAGCUCAGCCCCCGCUAGCUGCAGAGGAGCUGACAACCCCAGGGCUGAAGAAGGCGCACACCCCCCCUCUGCAUGAGGACGCCAACACGGCCGUCAUCGCAGUUGUCAUCACGCUGGUGUUCAUCACCCUGCUGACGGUCCUGGUGGUGAUCAUCAUCUACCUGUACAGAAACAAAGGCAGCUACCUCACCUACGAGCAGCCGGCGGCCGAGACCGAGGUGUCGGUGCAGAUGGAGGACGCCCCCUCCAAGGAGAAGGAGGAGUAUUUCAUCUGAGCCCCCCCCGGGGCCAGCGCGCACCCCUCUCUUGCACUCAGGUCUGAUGCCAUGUGGCCUAAAACUCUCAGAGUCUGGGAUCUAGAAGCUUUUUUUUUUCUUUUUUUUUUUUCCCCUUAAUUUAUUAAGCAAACCUUUAAGAUAAAGCCAGGCGUGGCAGAGCGCAGCCCGGCUCCGGCUGCUCGCAGCCUGUCCUCCUCCCUUUGGUGCUUUCUAAUACAGCCCAGUGACAAAUGCCUGAAGAAUUGCUCUUGUUUGUUUUUUUCCUUAUCUCCCAAAACAAUUAAGUUAUUCUGCUCUGGGUUGAGGGUUGGGGUAAUCGGCAUGGCUCAUUUCGAGGCUAAGGGGGAGAACGCUUGUAAAGCAGCCCAAUCGAUCACCCAAGUCACGAGGGGCUGCUGGCAGGGGCAGUUCCUCCUUUAAAUCAACCCCCCCCCCAAAAAAAAAUAAAAAAACAACACAAACACAGAAGGAGGAAGUUUGCAAAACAGCAGCAAAGAGGAAACAAGUGAAGAAACCCUAAGGCGUGGGACGGGCAGGAGCCACGGGGGUUUAUUGGAAGUCGAACAGCCAGUCUGCCACUUCAUUCAAAUUUUCAAAAUAGUCUUUAUUCUACUUUUUUUUAGUAUAAAAAAAUCCACAAGUUAAGUGCACCACAGUGUAUACAGAGAGAUACGUAAUGCUGAACUUCCAUAACAGUCAGUUGGAUGGUUAAACACAACAUAUACAGGACACAGAUUUAGAUUAAACUGAAACCUCGAGAUAAAAUAUAUUUGAAUCUGAUAUUUUUCUUCAUAAAACAAAAACAAAAAAAAAAAA